UAUAAUCACAAUAAAGAGGCAAAAGAGCUUAUGGCAGGAUAUGCCAUUAUCAGAAAGGAUAUUGUAUCUGCUAAGAAGCCUCUCAGGUCAGAAUCCAACUGGUGCAGAGUGUAUGAUGCCUGGGCUAGAGGUGUUCAGAUUCUUUAUCUGCACUGUUAA